GCAGCCCAUCAGGCGGGACAGAUCCGCAUUUUUUUUUCAAAAUUUCAGUCCGUUUUAAAAUUUUUGUAGGAUAUUUGUUUAUUUCUACAUUUUUAUAGUGUUUUACACAGGAUCUAACAAAAUUUUAAGUAUUAACCAUGCAGAGGGAAUGCAUAUCGGUCCACGUCGGGCAGGCGGGAGUGCAAAUGGGUGUGGCCUGCUGGCAGCUGUACUGCCUCGAGCACGGCAUCAGGCCCGACGGCACGCUGCCGGCCUGCGAGGCUGACCCCAGGUCUUCAGACUCCUGCUUCAACACGUUCUUCUCGGAGGCUGAUCGAGGGAAGAUGGUACCACGGGUUGUGAUGGUGGAUCUUGAACCCACAGUCAUAGAUGAGAUCCGUUCCGGCGACUACCGCCAGCUCUACCACCCUGAGCAGCUGAUCACCGGAAAAGAAGACGCAGCUAACAACUAUGCACGCGGACAUUACUCCACGGGCCGCGAAAUUCUGCUACCCGUCAUGGAAAGAAUAAGGAAGUUGGCUGACCAAUGUACCGGCCUACAGGGUUUCUUCGUGUUCCACUCCUUCGGUGGUGGUACUGGUUCUGGUUUCACCUCAUUGCUGAUGGAAAAUCUCUCUGACGAGUUCGGCAAGAAGAGCAAACUGGAGUUCGCUAUAUACCCUGCCCCACAGGUUUCAACGGCAGUAGUCGAGCCAUACAACGCCGUGCUGACCACUCACGCCACCAUCUCUCACUCGGACUGCGCUUUCAUGGUCGACAAUGAAGCUAUCUAUGAGAUCUGCCGUCGACGGCUGUCCAUUGAGCGACCUUCGUAUGCGAACCUCAACAGACUUAUUUCACAGGUGGUAUCCUCGAUCACAGCGUCGCUCCGGUUCGACGGCGCGCUCAAUGUGGACCUGACAGAGUUCCAGACCAACCUCGUUCCCUACCCACGUAUACACUUCCCUCUCGCCGCGUAUGCUCCCGUCGUUUCCGCUGACAAGGCAUACCACGAAGGCAUGUCGGUUUCUGAGAUCACGUCAGAGCUGUUCGAGCCACAGAAUCAGAUGGUGAAGUGCGACCCGCAGAACGGGAAGUACAUGGCGUGCUGUCUGCUGUACCGAGGAGACGUUGUUCCUAAGGACGUGAAUGCAGCCAUAGCCGCCAUGAAGGGGCGGGCUGGCAUCAGAUUUGUGGACUGGUGUCCCACUGGAUUCAAGGUGGGCAUCAACUACCAGCCUCCAACAGUGGUCGCUGGUGGCGACCUCGCGCAAGUGAAGCGGGCAGCCUCCAUGCUGAGCAACACCACUGCCAUCGCCGAGGCGUGGGGCAAGCUUGACCACAAGUUCGACCUCAUGUUCUGCAAGCGGGCGUUUGUACACUGGUACGUCGGCGAGGGUAUGGAAGAAGGGGAAUUCUCCGAAGCUCGCGAAGACCUGGCUACCCUGGAGAGAGAUUACGACGAGGUCGCUAUCGAGACUUCGGACCUCCCGGGAGAUGAUGAGCUAUGACCCUGACUACAUGAACUACAUCCCAAGGUCGCUUUCCAGAUUUUGCGACCUUAAAGUCAGUUGGGAUCUGGAGAAUGUGCUGCUGGCGUAGCAUGCCAUUCACUAAAGCUCUUAUUAUGCGUUUAAGGGACGGAGAAAAUUGAUAAUAUCUGUCCCUGUUGCAAAAAUAAGUAUCCUUAGUAAAUGGCUUAAGACAAAGGUGCAUUUUCUAGAUCGGAACGGACAAAAAGCGUCUUCUGACACCACAACACCACCGCGUUAAGUUUCUGCGCGACCUUUCACCUAUGCCGUUGGCACGCGGGUAUAGUUUCUAUAGUUUUGACUUUAGAAUGGUGACGUCACAGCGCCGAAGCGGACGCCCUAAAACCACGGCCAGAUUUUUUUUGACAAUAUUGAUUAUAGCAGAACUCUGAAAUUGUUUAAAGGUCCGAAAAUGUCUGCAGUAGGCGCGGAGAGACUGAUCCCUAUACCCUGCGUGUUAGGGUUUCCCACCUAUCGACGCGGAAUCAGCCUUCGCUGACCCAAAAUCGCUCGUUAAUAUGAACAUGCAUACUCGAGCUAGGGCCAAGUCCGCGUCGAUAGGUUUGGGGAAACCCUUAAGUUCAUUUUUGUACAAUUUUGUAAUAGAAGCGCGUGUCAGAGUGGAUCUCCCUCGCUGCUUGCUGUUCUCCGUCGAGCAAUCUUGCGACAGUUUUAGUUAAGUUUUUUUGGCGUUUUUCUUUAAAUUUUUUAGCAAAUGCUGGACGGAGAAGCCUCACUUUGAAGUAUUUAUUUGGAUUCGUUGAUGGUUUUGUGGUGUGACUAAUAUUGUAAGUGUAAUGUUUGUAAGUGUAAUUUGUACGUUGAUGUUUUAAAAUAUUUAAAAAGUUUUUAGUGACCGUCUGAUGUGCUUGUCUAUUAAAUCGUUCAGUUUUA